UGCUAUAUUGCAGGACAGGUUGACCAGUUUUAUAGAUUCGCAUAAUAAUCAGUGAUAGGACAUAUUGUGGGUGUAUUGAAUAAUGAAGGGUGACAUAGCCAUUAUACAUUACAAUUGGAAUUUGUUGCUGCAUCUAUAGCCUUCGAAUGUGCGAGUCUACUGAUAGCAAUCGCCACACACGUAAUACGUCAGAGUUAACAAGCUCUACAAACACGUUUGUUGUUGGAUAAACAUAUUAGUGCCCGACGCUCGGUGGGCACAGUCACAUGACUACUCGGAUUUACGAAGAUAAACCUGUGCACACACUCGAUGCUACGCGCCUUUAUAUUAAAGAUUGGAGGCUUUACGUAAAGAUCUUGAGCUGUCAUCGUUCAGACACAUGUACAUGUAGCCUUAUGGAAUUAUAAGCAGAAAACGGAGCAAAGAGUGCAUUGACGCCCAGACCAUACAGCACGGAAAUACUUCAUUGACAUAGAUGAACUUUUUGUUGAAACAACUAGUUCUGAAGUUUUAUGCAGUGUCGUAGCAUAGAGAGUGCAGAUCAGGUAAUUUAUUUGAGUAUUAACUUAAUUGGCGACUUCAGUAUUCUACUCCUAAGAACAUUACGUCUCAUGUUAUGUUCGUUAGUUGUUGCCAGGGUCCAAAGAGAUACGAAAAUAUGCUUCGAUUUAUUGUGUGUUUGGCUGUUUUAAUUCCACGAAUCGAAUGUGGAGGUUAUGACGUCAUCGAAGAUGAGCUACGAACGAAGAGGCAAAUAAACAGUUUACCACUCGUAUAUCCAUAUGGAGGUACUUAUAAGCUACUGAUAGGCUUCUCGUCUCCAAUUAAGACGCAAGACAACGUAGCUCUUCUGUUUGCUGCAAACUUCCAGUAUCAAUACGUUCAAUUCGCGAAUAUUUCGGAACUGUCACAGUACUAUGUUUAUAAAGAAGUUACAAGAGAACAGAGAGAUGCUGAUAUAGCCGCCAGGAGAGAUGAAAGAUAUGUUUUCUAUAAGUCUUUCGCUGAUCUUUUGACUGCGAAAGGAUUUAACGGCUUCGAUUGCGUACUGCGAGCUAUUUGUGAAGCAGCUCAAUAUCCAGUGGAAGACGAAGGAUUCGUUGGAGAAAUCCUACACAUUUUGCUAACCCCGGACUACGGUAAAACUCCGUUUGAUGAACCAGAUCCGGACUGGGAGGAUAUGAUGUCACCGUAUAUCGACGCUGCAACAGCAGGAAGACAAAUGUUCAACUGCGCUUCGAUAUAUAGCAGCUGCCCCGAAGGACAGGGCGUUUUGGAACUCAUCAGUGCAUUAAGAGAUGAAUAGGAAUAUAAUGUAAUACAUUUUUACAGACUCGUGUCCUGGUCUCAAAAACAAACUAGUAUCCCAGUUGCUUUGUUUAUAAUUGAUGAGAGAAUGUUAAGUAGUUAACUCUUGUUUUCAUGUUAUUUUCAAUUAAUUUUUUUGUCGUACUGUUAACACUUAAAUUUAGACUAUUUGUCUGCUGUUUGUAAAAUUGCUGUAACAUUUCAUAGUGUGUUAUAAGAGAUUGUUUUACAUGCCUGUAACUGACUUACAUACCAGCACUUAAUUUUAUACAUGUUAAUUUUAAGCUUGAAUGUUUUGUGUGUAUUGCUGUUGGUGUGUCUAAAUAAAUAAAUCAAUAAAUAGCUGUCCAAAAAAAUUCAUCUUCUUCUGUCGCCCUGUUCUUCUGAUUAGAUACGCGAUUUAAAUACUUUAAUGCGGGAGACAGUUCAAUUACUGUUGGCAUUCUAUCCUUUCACUGGACUUGUGAAUUUCAUGCUGCAGCAUUUUUCGCAACAGUCACGUACUCUAUAAUUAUCUUUCUCCUUUAUACUAUGGUAUAGACAGUCAUCAGACCCGUACAUCUGUAGGAGACUAUACCGGAAAAAAUCGCCCUUAUCAGACUAGCGAGCAAAAAGUUUUAUGUCAUUCGCCGACUCUGGCAACAUGCUCUGAAUUUACUUUGACAAUACCUAUAACCGCACGUUUACCAAUAAUAAAAAAAUUAUAAAAUAAAUUCGAAUAAUUGAUGUAAAAGAGUAAUGGCUGGUUGAAACCUCGGUUUAGUCUUAACCAGCCUGUAAUAAUGAAGUAUUCUUAUAUUAAAGUUUUGUACGUAUAUAUAAUUACUCUAAUACGAUAUUAUUGUUUUGAUAAAAUAGUUAUCAAUAAAGAUUAUUCUCGUAAUUAGUAUUAGCGCCUAUUAUUUUAAACUUAUGACUAUUUUUCCUGUGACCACAGAUGUAAAUAUGCGGAAACGUUGACAAUACAAUCUUGUGAUUAUUAAAUAAAUGAAAAUCAUUUUGGGCUUUA